GUAACCGGCCCGCAUAUACUGAUCUCGGGUUUCUAGGGUUUGCAGUCGGCGCAGAAUACUCAUCGCUGGACUGCUUUGUUUUCGGGCAAAUCGCCGGCAAGAAAUGAGUGCUUUCAAAGCCUUUAAAGCCUGCGUUCCAAUUGAGUGGAGCCCUAACCUUUAUAUAACUCUGGUGAGGGGAAUGCCUGGCACCAGGAGGCUUCACCGCCGCACCUUAGAGGCAUUGCGCCUGCGCAAAUGCAACCGCACUGUCAUGCGUUGGAACACACCAACUGUUAGGGGCAUGCUUCAACAGGUUAAAAGGUUGGUGGUGGUAGAGACAGAAGAGAUGCAUAAGAAAAGAAAAGAGAAUGAGGUGAACCACCGAGCUCUACGUCCCCCAAUUGUUGUUAGUCAUCUCCCAGGUUCUGUGACAUACUCCUCUAAGCAAUCUUAGAAGUACCUCAAAGUUUAGCUCUUCCACCUCUGUAUUCAGGGGGAUUUUGUUUGUUUUCUGAACUUCUAUUCGUGGUGUCAUAGCAAAGGAUGGUAGAGUAUGUAUUUUUUUUGUGUAUUUAUAGAUUCUGUUGAUACAUGCAAGUGCUUCAAUUCCAAUAAAUUAUACUUAUUUUA